AUUAGACAGAACAUAGUUUACUCAACUAUAUUUCCACAUCACACUAAUAAUGAAAUCAGUUAAUAAAAACGGUUUAUGUGUUUUAAGGGAUUAGGAAUUGCAAACGAUUGAAAUUAAUAAUUCACCAUUGACAUGUAUUUUGUCACGUGAUGCAAACAAACAAAAUGGCGGAUCAAAGAGGGGCACGGCUUUUUGCAGACAUAAACAGUUGCUUCAGGAGAGAUCCACUGAUAGAUGAAUACGACUUCUUGCCAGUGACCGAACCAAAGCACAACAAGAGUCCAUUGGUGGUGGUGGAGCACAAGCUAGGUCUGGAGGCAUGGUGUGUUAAGAUCCUCUUCCGAUACUGCUAUGACAGGCUUCUAGAUUGGAGAAGUAAAGAGGGACAGGCAAAAUUUGCACAUCCUCAGGAAGUUUCUGGUCUGUCAAGAGCUGUUCUUCUUAUUCAACCCGACUGCUACACAGUCUGGAAUAUUAGGAAGGACCUUGUGGAGUGUGGGGAUGUAACAAUUGCAGAUGACUUGAAACUAGGAUCCUUGAUUCUAUCUAAACAUCCUAAAAGUGCUGAAACAUUUAUACACAGGCGAUGGCUGCUGCUGAAGCUGCUCAACCAGUGUCUUGCCUCCAGUAACGACAGCAAUGCCAGUAACAACAGUUGCCAACAAGAUGGCUGCAUCAACAUGGAUGCUAUUGGUGUGGACUUCCUGCCCCACGUGGAUGACCACGCCCCCAACAAUCACAUGCUCCAGAUGGCCAUCCACAGAGAUGUCCAGGGACAGAUGCAGGAGGAGUUGAGUGUAUGCAGGCGUGCCGCGGACAGGUACCCAUGUAACUACCACGCCUGGAGCCAUCGGAUCUGGACAUUACAACACUGCUAUAACUGUUCAACACGGGUCCUCCUAGCAGAGCUUCAUGCAACACAGUCUUGGGUUUCUAAGCACAUCUCCGAUCACAGUGGCUUCCACUACCGCCAGUUUAUCCUCAACCAGCUGCUCCAGCAAGCUGACAUUCUCAGGGACAAGUUCUGUACUAAUGCCCACAACCUUCUAGAGAGGGAGCUUGAGCUGAUCCUUGAUCUCAUCAAUUCCUAUCCCAGUCAUGAAGCUCUCUGGUAUCACAGAAAAUUCGUCUUCCAUUCACUUCAUCAUUCCCUGAGUAAAACUGCCAAGACCUCCUCCCACUCCCAGCAGCCCCUCUCAUGUGACAAGAAUGGCGGCUCGUGUUCCAGUGAUGAACAUGGAACCACAGAUGAGCAUCAAGGGCAGAAAAAGUUCAAGUCAGAGAACAGCGAACAACAAGGGCUGGUCCUGAGGGAGCUGGACUCUGUAUCCCACAAAACAGCCCCAGACUCACACACACGUCACCUAGCAACACGAUAUAAAGAAUGGAUUCAACAAUGUUUUAGUCAUUAGAAACAUGUUAUAGAUUAAUGUAUAAUUAUACGUAUACUUUUAAUCUUAAUCUUAUGCAUUGUUAUGAAAAUGAAGUUACAGUGAUAUUAAAAGUGAGUGAAGGGAGUGAUGUAUUGCUGAAAUCAUUCUGUGAUGUCUGUAUUGUGCUAUACAUGUGUUGCUGUGAACAUAAUCAGAGGAAUUAUGUGUCUCCUGAGAUUGGUAGAACAGUUUCAUGUUGAAUGUAUGAAGUGAAUGAGAUUAAUGAGAGAUACAUCAAUAGCUUUAGGCUACUUUUGUAUUUUGGGUUAAGUCUCUAAUGUUCCCAGGAGAGUAUUUCUCUCCAAACACACUACUUGGCAGGGGUUUGUGUGUCAAGCGCUCUGCUGUCAGGAUUUGUUGCGAUAAACCUUGGGACAUUUCUCAAGAAAUAUGGUUCAUGUAAACAGAUCAAAUACAUUUUCCUUAAGACUUUGUAUACAAAUAGACCAUAUACAGAUUUUGGUGUGUUGCUACUUGGGUAACCAGUUUUCUUGCCUCAUCUACUGAAUCAUCACUGGAUAGAGUGAAAUCCACAUAAGAAUUCUUUUCAAAACCUUCCUGAAAUAUCUUUGAGAAAUAUCACCCAGCCACACUAGUGUUUACAUUGAUUUUUUCCCCAUUUAUUACAUCAAACUGAUUUCUCCCUCCACUGCUGAUGAGAUGCUGUUAGAUGAAGAGGUACAGCGAUCAUUGCAUGUUGUUUUCAUCAGUUAUCUGCCAGUUUAGUAUAAACAAGAUGUUCAAUGUGAUUAUCAUUACACCCAAUCCCCAGGUCCAAAUCCCCACAUGGGUAGAUGUGUACAACACAUUUCUGGUGUCCCCUACCAUGAUAUGGACUAUUGCUCAGAAACCCCACAUCACUCAGUAGAGCUGGACUAAAAUAAACUGGCAAUCUGGAAAUGUCAUUAUUGCCAUUCCAAACUUACUGACCCGAUUUCUGACCUCUCGUGACAUUUAUUGCGACAUCUGGCAGUCUUGAAAUAUCCAACACAGUCAGUCUGAAACUCAGCAACAGACAAGGGAGAUAAUAUUUUGUUAAUCUGUUUGCACAACGAGAUGAGUUGACUGCUGAAUCUUGAUGAAAUGGUUAGGUUCAAUAUGUUACUGUAUGAGUUCUGUACCCACAAAUCUUGGUUUUGACCCCUACUCAAACAUUCAGAUGUAUGGAAGUUGCGUUCCCACUUCCGGCUAUCCUUAGGCUGUAACUGAUUUGCUUUGCUCAAGGUUGCCUUUUGUGAGUUAACGUUAGACGCCGGCAUAUUGUUAUGUCAGUUUCCAAGGGGACUCACUGUCAGUCUGGUAGAAUUGAUCCAUCCAACAUGUAUAUGUUGUAGUGGUAGUGGUAGCUGUAGUGUGCAGUAGUAGUCAUACUACUAGUAGCAGCAGCAGUAGUAGUAAUAGUAAUUUGCAUCAAAUCCGUACCGCCAAGCAUGCUCAAAUUGCAACAUUAUUCCCCUAGUCAGUUGAUCAGUGUGUGCUCCACUUCCACGCUCAGCUCCCUGUGGAGCACACAAACCAUGCAACCUGUAAAGGUUAACACAUUACCACCUGAGAUUAGGUACCCAUUUACUGCUCCAUGAACAGAGAUAUAUUUCCUACAAAGUCACUUCUUCAGGUAACAGGAGCGGUAGGAUAGCCUAGUGGAUAAAGCGUUCGCUCGUCACACCGAAGACCCGUGUUUGAUUCCCAACAUGGUUACAAUGU